AUGGCUCUGCGCCUCCUCCUGCCACUGCUCCUGCUGGCUGCUACCCUCCUCAUCGCCCAGGCCCAAGGCAUUGGCAGCUCAGCCACGGACUGCUGCCUGAAGCACAGCCGGAAAGCCAUCUCCAGCAACUGGGUGAAGUCCUAUAGCCUCCAGGGACCUGAGUCGGGAUGUGUGCUGCGUGCUGUUGUCUUUACCACCAAGAAGAAUAAGAAAAUCUGUGCCUCUCCCACCGACCUCGCCGUCCAGAAGCUGAUGCAGAACAUGGACAAGAAGGCAAAGAAUGACAAGAAGGACAAGAAGAAGGGACAUAACCCGCGUACCGGGGGCAGACCCAAGCGGCAGAAGCGGCAGCGGGUCUAA